CCCUAACUCCAAAUGUUUCUGAUCGAUUAGUUGAUCUGAUCUUAUCCGGAUACCUUCCAAUUCAUUAACAACGAAGAAUCAUGACUGAUCAUUAAAAGCGAAUCUAUUACGGCGCUGGAAUCAUUGUUCAUCAGUUCGAGGAUUGGUACCGUAUCGUUCAUUUGAAUUGCGCAAAAUCGGUACCUUACAAAAGAAAUUAAGACUAUACCUAAUCGUCUCGUCAAGUCCCAGAAAAAAAAACAAGCAUUUUACGUCCCAAACAUGCCCCUUGGCAUCAUUCUUUGAUUGACACGAUCGAUACUUUGACCGACUUUUAAUCAACCCCAUAUAUCGACCUAGACCUACCUAGGCACUUUAAUGUCUCAAAACACCAAUUCUGCCGGUGCACCGAUACAACCGUCUUCCAAAAGUAUGGCGGCGGCUCCAAAGUUGAAUUCGCAAGACAUGGAGAUGGGCAACCUCGAUGCGCCCCCGUCUGAGCCAGACGUCAUGCAGCUUGCAAGAGUAGGAGAUAUACCGGGCAUGGAAAAGCUGUUCGAGUCGUCGGAAGUCGACGCGACUUACACGGACGAUGAGGGAAUCACGCCGCUUCACUGGGCUGCUAUCAACAACCAGUUUACGAUGUGCAAAUUCCUUAUCGAGAAAGGCGCCGACAUAAAUAAGAAAGGAGGCGAAAGCGUUGCGACGCCGUUACAAUGGGCUGCUCAACGGUCCAACUACUACACCGUAAACCUUCUCCUCCAACAUGGCGCCGACCCACUGAUUACCGACGCCCAAGGCUACAACACUUUACACAUCUCGACCUUUAGUGGGAACGUCUUAUUGGUAGUAUUGUUGUUACACCAGGGUAUUCCUGUCGACGUAGCCGAUUCCUAUGGCCACACAUGCCUUAUGUGGGCUGCAUAUAAGGGCUUCCCACAAUGUGUAGACCUCUUUUUACGAUGGGGCGCAAGCGUACAUGCGACGGAUGAGCAAGGUUUCACUGCCUUACACUGGGCGUUGGUUAAGGGUUCCCCCCAGUGCAUCCUAAAGCUCCUAGAGUAUGGCUCGGAUCGUUUUGCGAAGACGACGACUGGCAAGACUCCUGCGAUAACGGCUAAGGAUCUCAACACUGUCAAUGCCUGGCAGCGAGCUUUGAAAGAAUGUGGCUACGACGAGGACGGACAUGCCGUGACACCUUGGUGGCCGGGGGCCUCUUUCUUCCUCAAGGACAAACGAGGCUUCAUAAAUAAGUUCUUGUUCCUCUUACCGACUGCGCUAUUGUGGAUAGAAUUGAUGGUCAUGGGCCAUCUUCCCGUCUUGCUGUCUGUUCCGAUAGCACUUUUAGUGGGGUUCGGGUUUCAGUGGAUUACGAACCAAAUCCUGGAAUAUGCGCCGCCGGACAUGAGGCAUCUACAUAGAACGCCAUGGUUAGCGGGUAUUUUUGCGGCAUCAUUAUUCCUGGUAGGCGUUCGGUGGAUCCUAACUGUAUUUCCUGCAACCUUCUCAACUCAUCCGCUGCUGAAUUUUUUCCAUAUCAUCACAUACAGUCUCACGGCCUACUUUUAUGCAGCAUGUAUGGUCUUUGAUCCAGGAUAUGUCCCAAAGCUCAAUGGUAUCGCGGAACAGAAAGCCGUCAUCGAUGAGUUACUGAGCUUAUGGAAGUUUGAUGAGUCCAAUUUCUGCGUCACUUGCAUGAUCCGCACUCCUCUUCGGAGUAAGCAUUGUAGACGAUGUCAACGGUGUGUCGCGAAACAUGACCAUCACUGUCCUUGGGCGAACAACUGCAUUGGCGUGAACAAUCACCGCCACUUUUUCUUGUACUUGAUUAACCUCGUCUUUGGCAUCACAUCCUUCGACUGGUUGUUGUACUACUACUUCUCGGAGCUUCCCAAAUCGGAUUCUCAUGAUUGUCUCAUUCUGUCGGAAGCUAUAUGUUCCGUCAUCAGCAAUGACUCGUACACGGUGGCUCUCGGCUUAUGGGCAACACUGCAGCUUACGUGGGUGGGCAUGCUUAUUUUCGUGCAGUUCAUACAAGUCGCGCGUGCCAUGACCACGUACGAGAAUAUGUACGGUAUACAAGAUGGUUCGGCGUCGUCAUUAGGUUCUGCCUUCACUAGUACCGGGGCACCUCUCGACCCGAACCAUCCUGAUGCCACACCUCCGUCUGCCGCUGCCGAUCCUCUUGGAACCAGAGGAGGCCACAACCACAAACAUAAGACCUUCUUGUCGCAAUGGGGUCGUCUUCUUGGUGUCGAUACGUUCAUCGAGACGGCGACAGGCCGGGGCGCUGCGACGGGCAAGAACAAGCGCAAGAAGAAGAACCCGUACAGCAAGGGUGUGGUUCAGAACUGCCGCGACUUCUGGUGCGAUCCUGCUCCUCUCUUCGGUCGUAGGGAAACGGGCGACGCAAUGCUCGGCGGUGAAAGGAUCAACUACACCGAAGUGUACGAGAGUCCGGCUGCGAUGGGUUUAGGACUCGGCGCAGGCCCGAGCGGGCGGCGGAGAGGUGGUUAUGAGACGGUAGCGAACGAGGAAGUUUAAGGGUGUCGAUGAUGAGUUAUGUGGUGAACAGAGUCACGAGCCGCUUACGUUAACAUGACUUCAAGUGGUACUACUGAUGAAUAUUGAGUUUCUGAACUUUCGCGUGCAGCGUUAGCGUUACGCGGCUGGGGUAUGACACUAGAGUGUAUACUAGUAAAUUCGUGAUAUCCCAAGCCGCCUUGGUGGUACCUUGGUAGGUCACGCAUAGAUAGCUGUAUGAAAAUACGCGAAUAUUGACUUCGUCGAUAUGUCAAAAUACUCUCUAGUUUCGUAUUCGGACUGCUCGAUAUUUAUUGUCUCUUGUUUUUGCU